UUUAUUGUCAAUUUUCCAGUACGCCAGUGGUCGGCGUCAUGUCAUAUCUGUUUGUAGUGUUUUGUCGGUAAAAGUAAUAUCGUAUUUGUUUUCUUCCUUAACAUGUGUAAUCCUUUAGUUUGAAAACAAAUUUAUUUAUGUAGGUGUAAAAUGUCACAAAAGACUUUUAGUGAUAAAAUGUUUGUGUGUAGUCGUUUAAGUGUUUUGUGCUGGCUUGUGUUUUACUUAAUUUUAUUAGCCCUGACAAAGGAUAGCGCAGAUGCUCAAGAAAUACGAAGUCCUGCACCAGAGUUCAAUAAGCACAGCAUCGUCACGCCCGUGAUUCAACAUGCGAGGACGAAAAGGGAGAUCACGUCGACUAGGCAUACGGAAGGUCUGCACCAAGCGGAGGUGACGAUGACCAUAAAAAUAAACGGUGAAGACCAUAUUCUUGAUCUUCGGCUCAACAAAGAUCUGGUGGCAGGCGACCACGUCGUCAGCUACCAGAAAGAUGGAGAGACGGUGCUACAUAAACCUAAUAUAGAAGAGCUUGACAUUUGUCAGUAUUCUGGCAAAGUAAGAGGGAAGAAAGAAUCUUGGGUAGCGGUUUCUACGUGUAACGGUGUUAGGGGUAUUAUACACGAUGGAAAACAAAUGAGAUAUAUCGAACCACAAGGAAACAAAAUAGAUGAAAAGCACUACGUCUACGACCACUCUGAUCUCAACACUGACUUCCACUGCGGUUACAGCGGCGGCGUCACCAACAAUACAGAUUACGAUCGUGAUCUCAUGAAGGAAUAUCAAAACGAGAAAAGUAGAAAAAAUAGUAGGGUUAGUCGAUAUAAACGCAGCGCUGACGAUACAGAACUGCGGGGACCUUUCAACGCGAACAAGUUAUCUCGAUACGUAGAACUGGUCCUAGUGGCUGAUAACAGGGAAUAUAGGGAAAACGGCGAGAGCAUCACCACCAUACAUCGAAGUAUGAAGGACGUCGCUAACAUUAUUAAUUCGGUAUACGCCCCCUUAAAUAUAUUUAUAGCACUUGUCGGCGUUGUUAUAUGGACCGAGAGAGAUGAAAUUGUAUUAGAAGAAGACGGGGACAAAACGCUAACACACUUUUUGCAUUACAGAAGAAAUAGACUGCUACAAAUCAUACCUAAUGACAACGCGCAUUUGUUGACACGCCAAAAAUUUAAUGGUGGAGUUGUGGGCAAAGCGUUAAAGGGUCCGAUGUGUACAUACCAGUUUUCUGGCGGUGUUGCAACAAAUCACUCCGAGGUGAUAGGUCUAGUAGCCACUACUAUAGCUCACGAAAUGGGCCACAACUUCGGUAUGGAGCACGAUACGGAAACGGACUGUACUUGCCCAGAUGAUAAGUGUAUCAUGAGCCCGUCUAGUACUUCAGUAACGCCCACACAUUGGUCUUCUUGCAGUCUACGUUCUUUGGCGCUUUCUUUUGAAAGAGGCAUGGACUAUUGUUUACGGAACAAACCCAAGAGACUCUUCGAUUCACCAACAUGUGGCAAUGGUUUCGUAGAACCAGGGGAGCAGUGUGACUGUGGGAUAAACGGUAGUCCAGCCUGCCUUGCUUGUUGUGAAGAUUGUGUUUUGCGGUAUAACGCUACCUGUGCUGUUGGAGAGUGUUGUGACCCUCAGACAUGUCGACCGAAGUCAGCGGGGACAGUGUGUCGGUCGGCUGAUCGUGAAUGCGACCUGCCUGAGUAUUGCAGCGGGUAUUCCGAGUUUUGCCCAAGGGAUGUACAUAAGAUGGACGCCACGCCCUGCUCUAAUAACGAGGCAUACUGUGUCCGAGGGUCUUGUCGCACUCAUACGGACCAGUGCCGGCUACUGUGGGGCUCCACGGGUUCGAUGUCCGAUAUCAGAUGUUACACCUCGUCAAACGUUAAAGGCGAUAAGAAGGGCAACUGCGGCUACCAGCGCGGCGAGCAGCCCGUGUUCGCGCGCUGCCCGCCCGAGGACGCGCUGUGCGGCCUGCUGCAGUGCAAGCACCUCAACGAGCGCCUGGAGUUCGGCAUGGAGUCCGUGUCCACGCUGUCCGCCGUCUUCAUCAACAACAACGGUACGAUCCUGACUUGCCGCACAGCCAUGAUCGACCUUGGCCUGUCUGAAGUUGAUCCAGGGAUGGUGCCAGACGGAGCCAAAUGUGGUGACGAGAAGAUGUGUUACAAUCAGAAGUGUGUACCGGUGGCGAGCUUCAUGCAAGAUGUAGCUCAAAAACCUACAUCUGUCUGUCCGUCUAACUGUUCAGGGCAUGGUAUCUGUAACUCUGAAGGCCACUGUCACUGUGAAGCAGGGUUCGCCCCCCCACUCUGUGCCUUACCUGGAGCUGGAGGAUCCGUGGACUCCGGCCCGGCUACCGACUCCAGCGUUCAAAGAAACUUCAUGGUUGCGAUGUACGUCAUAUUCCUCGGGAUCUUACCAUCGAUCCUAUUGAUAAUGUUCCUGAUGUACUACUCGAAGCACAACGUCGUCUCAUGGUGGAAGACACCCAGGAAAACGAUCCAGUCUCCGAAUAAAAAUAGUUUGCAACGUCGCCUAACGCGUAGUGCAAAUAAAUUUGCUGCUAACUUCCAAAGCAACGCUCAGAACAACGCUCAACCAGUCAACGUACACACACUUUCCAAUCCAGACGACAUGAGCUCGAGUCUCCUAAGGAGCGACUCUGAUCGAAGUCCAGCAGGCAAUAUCAACCCAUCAGGAAACUUCUUCGGAAAUUUCAAAGGGUUCUCUCUAACGCCCGUGGAUAAAAAUCAACCUCAAAUCGAUAAAGAUAAUAAGAUAGAAAAUGUACCAAAAAGUGCUAAAAUAACUCCAGUACAUAGAAGUUCGAGUAAUAGCCAAAAUCUUAGCCAGAGUGCAUUGAAACCAGUUUUAAGAUCCGCGCCACCGUUACCUAUUGUUCCAGCAACGACUAAAUCGAGUCCAAAAAGUAGUCCGUCUAUAAAAAGAACAAACAGUUCAGUACAAAAUAGGAUAAAAGCUCUAAUGGGGUCUGAUAAAACAGAGGAAAUUCCCGUUCAGUCAAAUUCGGCACCGAGGCCAGUUAUUUCGAGUCCGAUUCUGGAAGCUUCAACUUGUACUGCCAAAGAAUUAAUUUCGCCCCUUCAAGGGUCUAAAACUUUAGGCCCUGUACGAGCAGCCCCUACUGUUCCUAGUUUUUCACCAGACUUACCAAAGAGACCUUUAAGUAUGCAUUCAGGUGGCAACGUUCCGACAAAACCUCUUCCAGAAGAACCUAAGAAGGGUAUUUCACUCAACAGAAUUGCUUCAUUCUUAAAACAUGAAAAGCCUAAAGAGAAAGAACGUAAUCCCGUCGAAAGAAGUCACUCUUUGCCGAAGAACGCAAACAAUCAGUUGAAAAUUGCGAAAGUCGAUAAGGUUGCCUUAAGGAAUUUGCAGAUAUCGAACCCUAUUCUGCAAAAAGAAAUCGAACUUCCCGUAAAUACUGUGCCCGUGGUUUCCGAUUCAGAAGAAGUUGAUGAUCAGAAGGCCUUUGUGAAUAGAGCUCAAAGCAUGAGAACGCCUUCGGUACCAAAACCAGUAUUACAGAGCUUUGGUUCAAUGAGGCAAGCGCCCGGAGUACCGAGACCUUUAUCUUGUGUAGGUAGACCUACAGCUCCCCCUCCCCCUUUGCCUAAUCAAAUGAAAAACGAGAACAAAACUCCUAUAUACCAAAACCCUAAAAUUCAAACUGAAAUAAAAUCUACAGAUUACGUCGAUUGUAUUGAGGAGAAACCUGCUGCCCUCGCACAUAUCGAUGAAGAAUCAGGUGACAACAUAUAUGCGAUUAUCGAAGAAAGUCCCGAGAAACACUGCAAGCCUCUCCUCGGCUUACCUCCUAAAACAAUAACGGCUCCAAUAGAAGAGUACAAUGUACCGAAACCCAUUACUUCUAAUUCGGGAAGUACUGAAAGCAUGGGUCUGCUCGGUGAAAUAGUUAAUGAAAUUCAAAAUCGAAACUUCGAAUCUAUUUAUUCAGCGUCUACAUUAGCAAGAAAGAAGGAAAAGGAAGGUCGGAAGAAUUCAGAGAACAGUAGAGAUAGUACUUACAUGAACACAGACUAUAAAAGGCCAGAAAGUGUGUAUAACUCUGAAGUGAAAUCUAGCGCCGCUUCUACCACUAGUAGCGGCUACUUGCACCCUUCUGCAGUAAACGUACCGACUUAUAUGAAGAAACAAGAGGAAAUGAAGCCAGAAAUCGAAAAACCCCCGUCGCCGACUUUAAAAGUUAACUCGAAGAUACCGACUUUCACAAGACAAGUGACUCCACCAGGUCUUAGGACUACAUCGACCUUUAAGACGGUCCCGCAAUCUCCUAAAUCUGUGGCGAAAACUACAACUACCCUCAAAACAAUACCCAAUAGUCCAGACUUAGUAUCGAGCUGUGCUGUCACAGAUAUGAAAAAUGUUAAAGCGCCAGAUGUAAUUAAUAAUAAUAAAUCCGCAGAAGUACCAAAAAUACACGCGACAAAGCCCAGUACAAUGGCGAAACCUAUCGACAACCGUCCUCCAUUAAGACCGGCGCCAUCUGUCGAUAAAAAACCGACAACUAAAACGACGCCUGUAUUAAAACCCGUCAAUUCCUCAUCGAAUAUUAACAAAAUAGAUAAAAAUCCGACCAUAAAUCGUACAAAUUCAAAAACGGAUUCAAACGUAAAGGCGAUAGCGGAUAGCUUAAAUAAAAAUCGACCCAAAAUCGUGCCAAAACCGAGUACGAUAACUCAGAAGACUGAUUCGAAUGUAAAAACAAACGCAACUAAAUUGUCCGCGAAGCCAUCAAAUGUCGCAAGCUUGCAACAGAAAUUCGAAAAUAGGAAAUCUUUAGGAAAAGAAGUUACUGCAAAAAAAUGAGUUUUAUAAACUUUUAAAUAAGGUAACUUACUGCACAUUACUUCUUAUAAAGAGUUAUAGGGAAAAGAAUAACAACAGUAAAAUUUAGUUUUUACGACGACUUUAUUGUGAUUGUAGUUAGAUGACGUUUAGUAUUGAGAGUAUGAAAUGGUAUUUUCUGGAUGAUUAUUGAAUACAAUGCUUAAUUUAUAGCUAGAAAAA